UGUUAUAACACACAACAACCUGCCUGAUACCCUUCCAGUCCGCGUCUUCGAUCUGUUAUAUAUAAACUCUGCCGCCAACAUAAUGGUGGAAACAACCGCCGUUAAGAGACCCUGUCAUUCACUUCACACGCCACAGCCGCCGACCUAUCUUCCUUACGAUGUCAUAGAAGAAGAAAUCUUGUGUCGACUCCCUGUCAAGCUCCUUCGACAAUUAUGCUGCGUAUGUAAGUCAUGGAAUACUCUGAUCUCAAAGAAUCUCAAAUUCGCCAAAAAACAUCUUCGCAUGUCAACCAAAAACCGCUACCUCAUAACAACCCGCCGUUGGCGCGGCUCGAAAGAGUUAACUAUAAACUCUUAUCCACUCGAUUCCAUUCCAUUCCACUCUAUCUUAACCUCUAAUGGCACACAACUCGAUUACCCUGAGUACAUUAGUCAACGUUAUCUCCGGCACGGUCUCGUUGAUUCUUGCGACGGUCUCCUUUGUUUCCUCAUCAAUGACCAUCUUGUUCAUAUCUAUAACCCUUGCCUCAGAAAAGUGAAGGAAUUACCCUAUCUUGAUUUUCCACAUUUUUUAACAGAUUGUCGAUAUGCUUUUGGCUAUGAUCCUUUCAUUGAUAAUUACAAGGUUAUUGCUGUUUUAAGUUAUGUUGUGCCAGAGAAAGACCAAGUCUGCAAAGGUAGUGAAGUUAAAGUUUAUACUUUGGGCACCGACUCUUGGAAAAAGAUUAAGGACUUCCCUUCUUCUAAGGCUCCUCAUGGCAGACGGGGAAUAUUCGUGAAUGGCACGGUUAAUUGGUUGACAUACGACGAUAAUUCAAAGAAUUUGACUGGCAUUGUUUCUCUUCAUUUGGGAAGUGAAUCUUAUCAAGAAAUACCACUGCCAGAUUAUAAAGUAAAUUUUAAUACUUUGACCUUGGAUGUGAUGAGGGAUUGCUUGUGCAUAUUUUCUCAAAAAAGUGUUGAAUCUUUUAUUGAUGUUUGGCUUAUGAAGGAAUACUACGUUAAUAAAGAUUCUUGGGUUAAAUUGAUUAGUGUUCCUCACAUUGGUGAUUCUGGUUACUUUUCUCACCUUGGUGGUUCUGGUUACUUUUUUACCAAGAUACUGGAUAUUUCCGAGGACGACAACCAAGUGCUGCUUGUCUUUAAAGAGCUUGAUAAAUUGAAGUGGGUUGUUUAUGAUUGCAAAAAUAAAACUCCAGUGAGUUCCAAGAUUGAAGAUUUCUGUUGGGUAGAAUCAAACGUCUAUGUUGAAAGUUUGAUAUCACCAUAAGAAUUUAGAUGAUGUGCUAUGUGACUAACUAGUAUGAGAUUCAAUCCAUCCUUCUAUGUUUAUUUGUUAUUUUAUUUUAUGUUUCUUUUUAGUGUUGGCGACUUAAUGGAUCAUUGUGUCUUUUAUUUUAUGUUUGGAUCAUUGUUUCUUUUUAGUUUGGGUGAUUUAUCUUGAAUCUUGCUUUGAUGGUGUGCAGUUUGAUUUUGUAAGAUCGAAAUUAG